AUGAUCACCAUCAACCACGAGUCUUCUUCCAUCUUGACGUCCACUGCGACCACUAUCCACCCCGGGUGUUUCCAUCUUGACCAUUUAUCUCGGUCACCAUCCAACAUGAGACUUUCAAUCUACUGUGACAGCUAUAAUCAUCGUUUUACCAGCUAUCACAACGGGACAAAGAUUUCCAUGGCUUUCCUACCAACUCUUCGUCUCUAUCUUGUCAACAUCAAGAUUCACAGUGCAACCUGCAAACAACCCCAGACCUUGGCAAACUUCAAGGUCAAACAAAUGUCCAGUACCGAGUACAAACAAACAUACAAACAAACAUACCACGGUCAAGCCAGCAACUCAAAGUGGCCACACAAAGCUUCUGGGUCAAACAUUUUCAUCCAGUGA